AUGAACUUUUCUCAGUUUGCACCAAUUCCUCAGAUCAAAUCCCUUGACUUAGGUGAGACAAUCGGCCAAGGAACAUUCGGAUUUGUGAAAUCUGCUGCUUUGAAAGGCGAUGACAAGGUUAUAAUAGCUGUUAAAUUCGUUCAUAUUGCUACCUCUAGAGCCAAUGGAAUGACUGACGAUGAUAUUACUAGAGAGGCGGUGAUUCAUUCCAAGUGUUCGAAGAAUAGGAAUGUUCUACGGGUAAUUGACUGUGAUAUUUCGAAAGAUUAUCUAUGGAUUGCUAUGGAAAUGGCGGAUGGCGGCGAUUUGUUUGAUAAGAUUGAGCCUGAUGUUGGUGUUGAUGCGGAUGUUGCUCAGUUCUACUAUCAACAACUUGUCCGGGCUGUGGAGUACUUGCAUGUUGAGUGUGGAGUAGCUCAUCGCGAUAUCAAGCCCGAGAAUAUACUCCUAGACCGGGAAGGCAAUUUGAAGGUAGCAGAUUUUGGAUUGGCUUCUCAGUUUAGGCGGAAGGAUGGAACUAAGCGGGUAAGCAGGGAUAAGAGAGGGAGUCCGCCAUAUAUGGCCCCGGAGAUUAUAUAUUCUGACGGUUAUUAUGCGGACGAUACAGACAUAUGGUCAAUAGGUGUGCUUCUAUUUGUGCUUUUGACCGGAGAGACACCGUGGAGCUUGCCAAGCGAGGAGGACGAUUACUUUAGGCAGUUCUUGAUGGAUGGGGGGAAUUCAAAUAAUGGGCCUUGGGCCAAGAUAAAUUUAGUUGAAUUGAACCUGCUGCGCAAGAUUCUGCAGCCGAAUCCAAGGAAAAGGGCAAAGCUAGAUCAAUUGAGACAACAUCCAUGGUUUAAGAAUCGUGUUGCAUUUGCAAAUGAAGAUGGGGUAUGCACUGACCCUGAAUUGCUUGCGAAGAAGCUCCUUUGUAACAUGAAGGUUUCUCUGUCUGACGACGAUUACAUUUCUUCUACUCAAGAGCCGUUAUAUAACGAGCCAGUUCAGAAAUUCAUGGCGACACAACCGGUAGCGAAUGAGCUGGCUUAUUUGCAGCAUGAUUCGCUUCAUAAUGGAGGGCAUGCGUUUUCUCAGAAGAGUUUUACUCAGAAUACUGCGGCUAAAGAUGUCAGUUUAAACAGUAAAUAUCUCGGUCUUGCUAUGUUGCAGUUCCAAGACUCUUCAUUACACUUACCCACUCUGAAUUUUAAUCCUAAUAAGUUGACGAAGUUCUUUUCCAUGGAAGAUAUCUCUAUCAUCCUGCCGUUGCUAGAGUCAGCCCUUCACCAAUCAGGUGUUCCAGUAAAGCCUGAUUUGUACAAAACCUUCACGGACCUGCGCCAAGUAUUGGGAGACGAUAACGUUUACCCUCUAAGCAUUGAUAUCAAGGCUCGAGACAGAAAGGGCUGGACAUUGUCGGGUACUAUUUGUAUUAUUGAAACGGCGGAGAAGAUGAAAGUAAUUAGCUUUGGAAGAAGGAAUGGAGACCCGCUAGAAUGGCGUAGACUGUUUAAGAGAAUUACUAUAAUUUGCAGGGCUAUAGUUUAUACCCAGUGA